AUGUCCGUCGUCGCCGGCGAAUACAGUAUGCGAUCCGAGCAGGAGAUUCUGAACGCACUGCUCAAGAACUACGACAUGCGGGUCCGUCCUCCGCCGGCGAACACGUCGACGGACGGGGCAGUCAACGUGCGGGUCAACAUUAUGAUUAGGAUGUUAUCGAAAAUUGAUGUAGUUAAUAUGGUGAGUCCAUUUUCAGACUUCUUUCCGCCGAACUGGGUUCACUUUCAGGAAUAUUCAAUUCAGUUGACUUUCCGGGAACAAUGGGUGGAUCCGAGAUUAGCCUACGAACAUCUGGGAUUCUACAAUCCGCCCGCGUUCCUCACAGUGCCACACGUCAAAAAGAGUCUAUGGAUCCCAGAUACUUUCUUCCCGGUAACCGACUUUAGAGAUUCUGAUAAAGGUUUCAAGCUUGUAGACUGAAAAGGCAGCUCACAGACACUUGAUUGACAUGGAGAACAUGUUCCUGAGGAUCUACCCGGAUGGAAAAGUGAGCUGCCCUCUUUGCUUCCGUUCCUUGCCCUAGUUCCUUUCUCAGAUUCUCUACAGUUCCCGGAUCAGUCUGACGAGCUCCUGUCCGAUGCGUCUUCAGCUCUAUCCUCUCGACUAUCAAUCGUGCAAUUUUGACCUCGUCAGUUACGCGCACACAAUGAAUGACAUCAUGUACGAGUGGGAUCCGCUGACUCCCGUUCAGUUGAAAUCCGGCGUCGGCUCGGACCUUCCCAACUUUGUGCUGGAGAACAUCACGACGAACGCGGAUUGCACGAGCCAUACGAACACGGGUGAGUCUUGCAAAAGACAGAAAGAGGGAGGGGGGGCACUUCGAGAGUCUGUCAACAGAUUUACUUGCACUUUGGGCCGGGCUUGAUGUGUGGCGAUGGCGGAAACGGCGGGCGAGAAUGAUGGGAAAAUGUUUUGAGCUGUUUGCAAAUCCGCGGUGGGAACAACAGACAAACGACGUGCAGGAUGUUGCAAUAUGUGAAACAUUUAAAUCAGUCCAGGCUCGUACGGAUGUCUCCGGAUGCAGUUGCUUCUCAAGAGACAGUUCAGCUACUACCUCGUCCAAUUGUACGCCCCCACCACGAUGAUCGUCAUCGUCUCCUGGGUGUCAUUCUGGAUUGACCUGCAUUCGACGGCCGGAAGAGUCGCUCUGGGAGUCACCACUCUGCUCACCAUGACGACGAUGGUAAGUGGGGGAAACAGAACGGGCACGGAAGUUCCUCUCUCUUGGUUACAGCAGUCGGCUAUCAAUGCGAAGUUGCCGCCCGUCAGUUAUGUAAAAGUUGUCGAUGUAUGGCUGGGAGGUGAGUGUAAAUCACAUAACAUCAAAAACACCCGGAAAUCCCUCUGCUGCAGCUUGUCAGACAUUCGUGUUCGGGGCAUUACUGGAAUACGCGUUCGUCAGCUAUCAGGACAGUGCCCAUCAGAACGACAGAGCACGCGAAAAGGCGGCGCGGAAAGCGCAGAAGAGACGGGAAAAGUUGGAAAUGGUGGACGCGGAAGUGUAUCAGCCGCCAUGCACCUGUCAUACGGUAGGACGUCAUCAGUCCCCACUAUUCCAUACUGCACUCAUUUCAGUUCGAAGCGCGUGAAACCUUCCGCGACCGUCUCCGUCGUUACUUUACCAAACCCGACUACCUUCCCGCAAAGAUCGAUUUCUACGCGCGCUUCGUCGUUCCGCUCGCCUUCCUCGCCUUCAAUAUCAUCUACUGGGUCUCCUGCCUCAUCAUGUCCGCCAACGCCUCCACCCCCGAGACGCUCGUCUAG